GUAAAAAAAAAACAACAACAAAAAGAAAAAGGUGCGUUUGCUAUUGAGCACGAGCAGUUCACUGACAAGGAGGAAAAAGAGUGAGAGCAUUACUCACUCUAAGACCUAUUAUGGUGCUCAGCUCUGGACGCGAUUGUGGCAGUACACACACAGGGACGGUCAUUAUUGCAGUCAGAAACAUCCAGAAAAGUCCUAGUGUGAAGACGCCCUGAGAGAAGCAGGGCAGCUGGAGGAAUGGGGAUUGUGCGGACAGAUAUAUGUGCGACUUUUGUGGAUGGUCCUCAGGGUGACGAAGACGUAGAUCGGCGCCACACCAUGGCCAAGGGGGGUCCUGGUCUGGGGGAGAAAGGCGGUGAAGAACUUGUGGAAAGGCGUGAUGAAGGCGGCGAUAAGGAAGCACCAGGUUUGCCGCACACAUUUCAGAUGUCGCUGGAGGCAAGUUUACCUGUAAUGCCUGCACCGUCUCCACCCGAUUCCCUGCCGUCUUCCCUCCCUCCCUCCCGUACAAGGGAUGGCUAUGAGCCUGAUGGUGCGGGUUUCGCCUUGGAAGAUCUGGGUGCCAUGUCGCAAAGGCAUGCUGAUGCAGCUGGCAAUGCUGCCGGUAAGGACCCAUCGACACCCCCGCUUGCUGACAGAGUUAAUGGCUCAUCAAUCGCACACCUUUCUGACCUUGGUGACAUUGAUCGUGUGGAUCCGAUGGGUGAGGUGCUGCACGUGGGUCAGGAGUGCAAAGGACCCGAGCAGCCAACUGGGUCCCCCUGUGCGGGCACAUUAUCACCGUUGUCAUCCUAUAUAUCUGAGCCCAGCCAUUCUCCUUAUCGCAGUUCCUUCGUAUCUCCUGGCCAUUCGCCAGAUCAACGGCCAUCGCCUUCGCCUUCGCCGGGACGAUCGCCAUCGUCUAACAGUAGCCCUUUGUCCCCUGCAAAGCCCAAACGGUCGCUUUUCAAAUUUACAUUUCCGAAGCCUGCCGGUAGCCCACAAAGUGUUCCCAACUCUUGUUCUCCAGGCGGAACUUCGACAACAACCAGCGCUGGUAUUACAACACCGUCACCCAGCGCUCGGCGUGGUUCGUCAGCGCUUUUCCCGGGCUCCUCGCGACCUGACGAGGGGAAAAGAGUGAGAAAGGAUGACGACGGUGAAAGGCAUGAGAGACUAGAAGGGACUGGAAGCUAUGUGGAAGGGGGGGUGAACACUCCGCAGCAUCAUGGUGGGAGGGCCACCCUGUCAUCCUGUGCCAUGCCAAGCCACGUCGAAGCUUUGAGCGCAGAGUGUUGUGACCGGGGGAGCCGCGCUAGCUUCCAGAUGGCGUCGCCUUCCUACCCGUCUCCCUCUCUUCCUCCACCCGCAGCGCCCUCCUUGUCGUCGUCAUCUUCAGGAGCAGCUGUGAAUCUCUUUCCGUCAAUGAGGUCGAACACCGGUCUUACCAAUGAGAAGAUGGUGUACGAACUCUUGCACAAUCCUGAUUGGCAGUUCCCAGCGAGCCCGGGACGGAGCGGAGGAGGCGUUCACGGCAGCAAGCCAAACUCAGCGGCUCGGGGAACGGGUGAUGUGGGGACGGCGGCGGCGGCGCUGUCAAUCUCGUCUUCAGGUUCCAAUCCCUUUGAGGUGACGAAGUCGGAUGGAAGGUCUCCAGGGGAAGGUAGCAGUUGCAAAUCGCCCGCCAAAGGGCACGCAGGGGGCGACGGGCAGAAGUUGCGGAUCACUGGUUCGUUAUCCGAGCUGCACGCAAGAGUUCGGCAGAUAAUGGAGGAUGCUUUCUGGGAUACUUUGCGUUUCCACUUGUUGAGCGACCCCCCCGACUUCUCGCGGGUUGUGACACUUGUGGAGGAGAUUCGCGAAGAGUUGCUGUCGCUGGCGUCAGAGCGGAUGAAAGAGGAAAUAUGUGCGAAGAUGGAUACCAAGGUGUUGACGGAGCUUCUGAACUCCUCGAGACUAGAUUUUGGGUAUAUGAGGGGUCUCCUCGACUUCGUUGCCGACUUGAUGCUGAAACUGGGGGCGCCGGCGAGAGAUGACGAAUCGCGGUCCGAGCAUCAAAGGCUGCUCCUUGAGCUUUCGGCAUCAGUCAAUCUGGCUGCAAUUACGCAGGAUGGGAAAUCGGAUGAUGCUGUGACUGCAGAGCAUGAAGCGGCGGCGAAGAAAGCCUUUGCAGAUGCUGUUGUUAACGGGUUCCGGUUUGUUUUCGAUCGUUUGCAGGUCCUGAAGCUGGAUAUCAGUAAUGCCCGGCUGAGGGCUGUGUCACGGGUGAUCAACAGCGCCGCAGGGGUUGGAUAUCUGCGCAUGCAGUUUGCGAAGCAGCAUGGGCUUCAGGGCCCCGAUGACGAUGGUGGUACCCCCUUGGCAGAUGGUAGAGGCUUGCCAGUGUUCGAUGCCCUGCUUCAUCGACAACCAAGCCCUCUUGAAUGGCAGCCGAGAUGCGAUCAGAGGGAGCAAAUAAGGAGCAGGCUUCUCCGCACAUGCCAGUGGAUGACAGAGACUGCAGAAGAGAUCGGGCAAAUACGGGAGGAGGUAGAUGUCGCAGUUGCGGCAAUAUCCAUGAGACGGAAUAGUGAGUCUAUGGAGCAGGAAGCAAAUGGUGCAGCCACUGGGAGCAGCAGUAAUACCAAUACGCAUCACCAAGGCGCUCGAUCGUCCUCACCGACCCCACUCAACGUUCCGGCAGCAAUGCGCACAGGUGUUCGUGGGCUUGUCAAGGACCCUAGCUUCGGAGCACGUCCAGGUUCUUUACGUUCGUAUACGGAUUCCGUAGAAGCCGGAAUGCUGGAGGCAAAGCCUGGAAAAAGAUCCUCAGGUGCCGGUGGCCCGUCGACGGAAAGCGCAUCUGUCCGCUGGCAAUCGGUGGAGACUCUUGUGCGAGUGGGACUGGUGAUGGUCGUUCGAGGUGCCGAGGGCGCCGAGGAAGGACGGUUGGCCGAGACUUUGCGGCUAGAGGUGGUGCGGAUCCGGAACCUGCAGGAUCAGUUCCAGUGUGCGCUUGUGACUGCCGCAGGGUUGCUUAUGGUCCAGCAGGUACUUGUGAGUCGAGGGUACAGCGCUGGUUCCAACAUGAGUGCCAUUAUGUCAAGGGGCAAAGCUGAAAUGUUGCGGAUGCUGGAUGACCGGACGGCUUCUGUGGACAAGAUUGGCGGGCUCCUGGGUGACUUGGUUGUCGCGGCUAGCGAAAUGAUGGAAGCCUCGUCCACGGGAGCACGAAGCUCUGGCCGGACUACAAGUCACAUCAUGGGAGGCGUUAUGGCCGAGGCAGAGAUGAUGACCAGGAUGCUGGCACGCGCUUUGCAGCCAGAGGAUUUGGUAUUCAAGUGCAUGGUUGCAUCGAUCUCCACAGCGGUGAGGUGGCUGGUACUCCUUGAUGGAGGUAAGCGAGGGCCAGGUCAUCUUCCAGCAGCCACUGCGCUCCAGCGAGCCGGGGCCACCCUGCUCAUGGACAAGGUCGAGGAGUUGGCGGCUGGUAUCCGGAAGAUUGCUAAGAUCAACGCUCUUGUGUACGAGCCAUGGUACCGUGUGUGCUUGCCAUAAGCAUGCAAGCAUUGUGAGAGUGGGGAGAGCGGUGACUGGCUUGGGAGGCGAAUUAAGGAACACGACAACCUGACGAUUGAAUGAUCGAGAAGCAUUCCAUGGAUUUUUCCAUCAUUGGAGGAGAGGAGAGGUGGAUGUUGCUGACGUACUGUCUUCCCCCAAAUAGAAUGUACGGUCAUUCGGUCAUACGAACUGCAUUUGGUGCAACUCUCAGUCUAGAUUUCUAGUGAUAAUGACCGUCCGGCCCGGUUGAGUCGAAUGAUUGGGGGGAGCGGUCAAUGAGGUAAACAACCCUCGAAAUGCUUGUCAGCCUCUCAUUUUUUGGCAACAUCAACUCCCACGUGUACGAAUGCGCUCGCUGGCAUGUGGACGGAAGUGCGCACAUGUUUAUGUGAAGAAUUCGGGCUAUACAGAUGUCCGCGGAAGCGAAGCGGGAGGCAGCGACGGUUUGAAUUGAAUGUCGACAGUGAAGCGGUAUUUGUGAAAGUUGUGUGAGAUGGAUGCCAUGCAGGGGAUGGAGGUAAAAGAAGAGCUCUCACCCAUAACCGUCGGGAGAUUGAGCGGCAUCGUCUAAUGGUUGUUGUUAGAAGUACUGUUGAGGUCUUUCAGCCGUAAACGACUGUCUUUUUUCUUCAGCUUAUUCAACAUUGUACUAAAGGCUAGUUGCGACUGGUGCUAUAGUCAUGCUUGGAAAGCAUGAUACUGGUCCCGAUCAUGGCUAGGUUCGUGCUUUCUUAGCACGAAUAUAGCACCAGUGUGGCCUUGUGCUGAGGGCUAGUUGCGUCUGACGCUAUGUUUGUGCGAAGGAGCCGUGAACUAUGCUUGUGCUAGCCAUGCCCAAAUAUAGCAGUAGCCAUGCCUGCCCUUAAAGCACCAGUACAUGCCAGCUAUCGGCCGCUGGCCGCUUUCGGAAGCCGCCCGCCGCGGAUUCAUUUUAUCUACGGCGCUCGGCCUCCUGCAUUUUAGGACAGGUUGAAAACAGGUUCUACUGAUGGGUUAAAGUCCAAGGGUAAAUACAUCCGGUGCCUGUGACUUUUUGUUUGUCUCAUCCAAAUUGGCUUGGCAUGUGAUGCCACAGCUUGCUGGAGGAUUCGACUCAACGACAGCGGAAAUCCUGAUGACCCACAGCAUGCACAGAUGCGGGUAUUCGCAAUGCAACAAGUGUCGACUUUCAGAGCAGGUUAUGCCAGCACUCAUUGCACAGUGUGGUGUGGUAUGGCAGUGGAGAUGACGGCAACAGGCAGUGCGAAUGCAUGAGGUUAUGCAAGCAUCUGUGUCACAGAACGGGAAGGUGUGUAAGAAAUUGUGAGAACAAAGCGUAUGAUGGUCCGAUAGGACUGUGUGGCCUUACUGUGUAAAGGCCAGAGAAUACAAUGCGGUGCGGCCUGGCAGGUGGUUUUCGAUGGCUCACAGCUCGAGGAUUGUUGACGGCUCGCUACCUUGUGUGUCAGUGUCGGUGCACUCCCAAAGUUUCACUCCAAAGUCGGAAGUAGAGUCUUGUGGCACCAUUCGUUCCUGUUCGAGCUGUGGAAGGUGGCGCGAACUGGAACAAAGGAAAAGUGCGUUG